CAUGGCGGACACCGACCUGUUUAUGGAAUGUGAGGAGGAGGAGCUGGAACCAUGGCAGAAAAUCAGUGAUGUCAUUGAGGACUCUGUAGUUGAAGAUUAUAAUUCAGUGGAUAAAACUACCCCAGUUUCUGUGAGCCAGCAGCAGGUCUCGGCUCCAGUGCCCAUCGCUGCCCAUGCUUCUGUUGCUGGGCACCUCUCUACAUCCACCACCGUUAGUAGCAGCGGGGCACAGAACAGCGACAGUACAAAGAAGACUCUUGUCACACUAAUUGCCAACAACAAUGCUGGCAAUCCUUUGGUCCAGCAAGGUGGACAGCCGCUCAUUCUGACCCAGAAUCCAGCGCCAGGUCUGGGCACAAUGGUUACUCAACCGGUUUUGAGGCCUGUCCAGGUCAUGCAGAAUGCCAAUCAUGUGACCAGUUCCCCUGUGGCCUCACAGCCAAUAUUCAUUACUACACAGGGGUUUCCUGUAAGGAAUGUUCGGCCUGUACAAAAUGCAAUGAAUCAGGUUGGGAUUGUGCUGAACGUACAGCAAGGCCAAACAGUUAGACCAAUUACACUAGUCCCAGCCCCAGGUACCCAGUUUGUUAAGCCAACAGUGGGAGUCCCACAAGUGUUCUCUCAGAUGACCCCAGUGAGGCCAGGCUCCACCAUGCCAGUGAGGCCCACCACCAACACCUUCACCACCGUCAUCCCGGCUACUCUGACCAUUCGAAGCACCGUCCCACAGUCCCAGUCGCAGCAGACCAAGUCCACUCCCAGCACUUCCACCACUCCCACUACCACGCAGCCGACCUCACUGGGGCAGCUAGCUGUUCAGCCUCCAGGCCAGUCCAGCCAGACCUCGAAUCCCAAGUUAGCUCCCUCUUUCCCCUCUCCACCUGCAGUGAGCAUUGCCAGCUUUGUCACUGUGAAGCGGCCUGGAGUUACAGGUGAAAAUAACAGUGAAGUGGCCAAAUUGGUGAAUACCCUGAACACCAUCCCUUCCCUGGGCCAGAGUCCUGGGCCAAUGGUGGUACCCAACAACAGCUCUGCCCACGGUGCGCAAAGAACCACUGGACCUGAGUCUUCGAUGAAAGCGACCUCUUCCAUCCCAGCGUUUGACCUUCAGGAUGGUGGGCGGAAAGUCUGUCCGCGGUGUAGCGCUCAGUUCCGUGUCACCGAAGCGCUGCGAGGGCACAUGUGUUAUUGUUGCCCAGAAAUGGUUGAAUACAAGAAGAAAGGAAAGGCCCUGGAUUCAGAACCUGGUGUCCCAUCAGCAGCAAAACCCCCCUCCCCUGAGAAGACAGCUCCUGUUACUUCCACACCUUCUUGCACACCUGUUCCCACUCUGUCACCGCCUACCAAAGUUCCAGAGCCAAACGAGAAUGCGGGUGACGCAGUCCAGACCAAGCUCAUUAUGCUGGUAGAUGACUUCUACUAUGGACGGGAUGGCGGCAAAGUAUCCCAGCUCACAAGCUUUCCUAAGGUCGCCACAUCUUUCCGAUGCCCUCAUUGUACCAAAAGGCUGAAAAAUAACAUCCGAUUCAUGAACCACAUGAAACACCAUGUAGAACUCGAUCAGCAGAACGGUGAGGUGGAUGGUCACACUAUCUGCCAACACUGUUACCGCCAGUUUUCCACUCCCUUCCAGCUCCAGUGCCACUUGGAAAAUGUUCAUAGUCCCUAUGAAUCUACGACCAAGUGCAAGAUCUGUGAGUGGGCAUUUGAAAGUGAACCACUCUUUCUCCAGCACAUGAAAGACACUCAUAAACCUGGAGAGAUGCCUUAUGUUUGUCAGGUGUGUCAGUAUCGCUCCUCACUGUACUCAGAGGUCGAUGUCCAUUUCCGGAUGAUUCAUGAGGACACCCGGCAUCUGCUCUGUCCUUACUGCCUGAAGGUCUUCAAAAAUGGCAAUGCAUUCCAGCAGCAUUACAUGAGGCACCAGAAGAGAAAUGUUUACCACUGCAAUAAAUGCCGUCUGCAGUUUCUCUUUGCCAAGGACAAAAUUGAACACAAGCUUCAGCACCAUAAAACCUUCCGUAAACCCAAACAGCUGGAAGGCUUGAAACCAGGCACCAAGGUGACAAUCCGGGCUUCCCGAGGGCAGCCGCGAACUGUUCCCUUAUCCUCCAGUGAUGCACCUCCCAGCGCCAUGCAGGAGGCAGCGCCACUGACCUCCUCAGCAGAUCCUCUGCCUGUCUUCCUUUAUCCCCCUGUCCAACGCAACAUCCAGAAGAGAGCCGUUAGGAAAAUGAGUGUCAUGGGUCGGCAGACAUGUCUGGAAUGCAGCUUUGAGAUCCCAGAUUUCCCAAAUCAUUUCCCUACUUAUGUACACUGCUCUCUGUGUCGCUAUAGCACCUGCUGCUCUCGAGCUUAUGCCAACCACAUGAUCAACAAUCAUGUUCCACGGAAGAGCCCCAAGUAUUUGGCAUUAUUUAAAAAUUCUGUGAGUGGAAUUAAGCUGGCCUGCACUUCCUGUACCUUUGUUACCUCUGUGGGCGAUGCCAUGGCCAAGCAUUUGGUAUUCAACCCCUCUCACAGAUCUAGCAGCAUCCUGCCACGGGGGCUCACUUGGAUAUCUCAUUCAAGGUAUGGACAGGCCCAUGACCGAGGACACGACCGGAACUUGAAGAACAUGUGUCCCCCUUCCUCCUUUUCCCCUAGCAAGGCUGCCACUGUGAAGCCCAUGGGUGCCACCCCAGCUGAGCCUGAAGAGCCACCUGUCCCCAUGGCCCAGGCACUCCCGUCACCAGCUUCGACCUCAACCCCUCCACCAAACCCCGCUCAGCCCCAGCCCUUGGCCCUUCCACCCUUGGCCGCAGAGGUGGCUGAGUGUUUGAAUGUCGAUGACCAAGAUGAAGGGAGCCCAGUCACCCAGGAACCUGAGGCAGCAUUGGGCGGUGGAAGUGGAAGUGGGUCUGGCAGGAAGGAGCAGCUGUCUGUGAAGAAGCUGCGAGUAGUACUGUUUGCCCUGUGCUGCAACACAGAACAAGCAGCCGAACACUUCCGAAACCCCCAGCGACGAAUCCGACGUUGGCUUCGUCGUUUCCAGGCCUCCCAGGGGGAGAAUCUAGAGGGCAAGUAUCUGAGCUUUGAGGCAGAAGAGAAACUGGCUGAGUGGGUGCUGACUCAGCGGGAGCAACAGCUGCCUGUAAAUGAGGAGACCUUGUUCCAGAAGGCCACCAAAAUAGGACGUUCUUUGGAGGGGGGGUUUAAGAUUUCCUACGAGUGGGCUGUGCGUUUCAUGCUGCGGCACCACCUGACUCCCCAUGCCCGGCGAGCUGUGGCCCACGCUCUGCCAAAAGAUGUGGCGGAGAAUGCAGGACUCUUCAUUGAAUUUGUGCAGCGGCAGAUUCACAACCAGGACUUAGCCUUGUCUAUGAUCGUGGCCAUCGAUGAGGUCUCCUUGUUCCUGGACACAGAGGUACUGAGCAGUGACGACCGAAAGGAGAAUGCCCUACAGACAGUGGGCACAGGGGAACCUUGGUGUGAUGUAGUGCUGGCCAUUCUGGCAGAUGGCACCAUCCUCCCCACGCUGGUUGUCCACCGAGGACAAGUAGAUCAGCCCGCUAAUGUGCCAGACUCCAUAUUACUAGAGGCGAAGGAGAGCGGCUAUAGUGACGACGAAAUCAUGGCGCUGUGGUCCACCCGGGUGUGGCAGAAGCACACCGCUUGCCAGCACAGCAAAGGUAUGCUCGUGAUGGACGGUCACCGCACUCACUUGUCGGAAGAGGUACUGGCCAUGCUUAGUGCCUCUAGCACUUUGCCCGCAGUGGUGCCAGCUGGCUGUAGCUCCAAAGUCCAGCCAUUAGAUGUAUGUAUUAAACGAACUGUCAAGAACUUCCUGCACAAAAAGUGGAAGGAGCAGGCUCGGGAGAUGGCAGACGCCGCGCUCGAUUCUGACAUCCUGCUGCAGCUGGUGCUGGUCUGGCUGGGGGAGGUGCUGGGCGUCAUCAGGGACUGUCCAGAGCUGGUUCAGCGGUCCUUCCUGGUGGCCAGCGUUCUGCCGGGCCCUGACGGCACUGUCCACUGCCCCUCACGCAAUGCCGACCUACAGGAGGAGCUCAUUGCCUCCCUGGAGGAGCAGCUGAAGCUCAGUGGGGAACAGUCUGAGGAACCCUCGGCUUCCACUCCCCGGCACAGGUCGUCCCCCGAAGAGACAGUGGAGCCCGAAAGCCUUCACCAGCUCUUUGAGGGCGAGAGUGAAACGGAAUCUUUUUAUGGUUUUGAAGAAGCUGACCUGGAUCUGAUGGAGAUCUGAGUGUUGGAGUCCCAAGAACGUGUGAAGUUUGGGGUGGGAAGGUGAGGGAGGGUAGAGGGCUUUAGGAAAAGGGGGUAUGCCAGGUGGGUUACUUGAUUUAUAUUUUUAAUUUUAUGCCACCACUCCCCCCUGACAUUGACUUGAAUUUCCCUGUGAAUUUGUGGAUUAUUAGGAAAAUCAAUAGUGAUCACGUCUGAGCCGAGAGCUGGCCCAUUGGUCGUUCACUUCUGCUAAAAACAGGUUUUUUGUGACUUUUUAAAAAAAUUUAAAUCACUGUGUUUGGUAUUUUUCUGAAAAAAAUCAAAAUGAAAAAAAUCCUUUGUGGGCAAAUGUUGAAUUGUUUCGUUUCCCCAUUUACCUCACUUGUAUCAUAGUACUGAGUUUUGUUUUACUGUGUGGCCAGUGUCUUUGGGCAUGAUGCUAUCAAAUAAUCAUUGUCAAUGUGAGAACAUUUCUGAAGAUGGGAGAGACAAAAAUAUGUAGCUCACAAACUGGUUUAU